AUGGAGCUGACCAGACCGCCGCUCGUGGCCCUGUGCGUCCUGCUCGCCGUCGCCAUUGCCGGCACGGCAAAUGUAGCGACGGCCACGGAGGUGGGGAUCCAGACGACGGAGGCUGUGUCCUCCUACAUCGUGCACGUCGCGCCGGAGCACGCGCCCACGCUGACCACCGGGGCGUACGGCUCGUUCCUGCGCGACCACCUCCCCGUGGAGCUGUCCUUGUCCAACUCCGACGACCAGGCGCCCAGGGUGCUCUACUCCUACGCCCACGCCGCCACCGGCUUCGCGGCGCGCCUCACGCGCCGCCAGGCCGCACACCUCGCAUCCUCGCGCGCCGUGCUCGCCGUCGUGCCGGACGUCAUGCAGGAGCUACACACCACCCUCUCGCCGUCCUUCCUCGGUCUCUCCUCCUCGUCCGGCCUGCUCCCGGCCUCCAACGGCGCCUCCGACGUCGUCAUCGGCAUCAUCGACACCGGUGUGUACCCCGUCGACCGCGCCUCCUUCGCCGCGGACCCCUCGCUGCCGCCACCGCCCCGCAAGUUCCGCGGCCACUGCGUCUCCACCCCGGAGUUCAACGGCUCCGCGGUCUGCAACGGCAAGAUCGUCGGCGCCAAGUUCUUCCGCACAGGUAGCCAGGCGCUGCGUGGUGGACGCGCGCUCGGUGCGAAGGACUCCAUGUCGCCGCUGGACACCGAGGGCCACGGCACGCACCUCGCCUCCACGGCCGCCGGCUCCGCCGCGGCCGACGCGUCCCUGUUCGGGUACGGCGAGGGCAGAGCCGUCGGCGUGGCCCCGGGCGCGCGCAUCGCCGUCUACAAGGCGUGCUGGCACGGCUGCGCGAGCUCCGACGUCCUCGCGGCGUUUGACGAGGCCAUCGCGGACGGCGUCGACGUCAUCUCCGCCUCGCUUGGCACGCUCAAGGCCCGCAAGUUUUACAAGGACACCACCGCCGUCGGCGCCUUCAACGCCGUCCGCAAGGGCAUCGUCGUCGCCGCCUCGGCGGGGAACUCCGGCCCCGGCGAGUCCACCGUCGUCAACGUCGCGCCCUGGUUCUUGACCGUCGGCGCGUCCACCAUCAACCGAGAGUUCCCAGCAGACGUCAUUCUCGGCAACGGCGAGACCUUCACGGGCACCUCGCUGUACGCCGGCCAACCGCUCGGCGCGGCCAAGAUACCGUUGGUGUACGGUGGAGACGUGGGCUCGAACACCUGUGAAGCUGGGAAGCUCGAUCCCGCCAUGGUCACCGGGAAGAUCGUCUUGUGCGACCCCGGCGUGAAUGGACGGACGGAGAAAGGAUACGCUGUUAAACUUGCCGGUGGCGCCGGAGCAGUCCUUGGUAGCGAAGAAGCGCAGGGCGGGCAGGCCAGAAGCAGCGCCCAUAUCCUCCCCGUCAGCGCAGUCGCAUUCGCCGACGCCGAGAAGAUCAAGAAGUACCUGAAAGCAAAAGCAUCCCCUGUUGCGACGAUCGUGUUCCGCGGCACCGUCGUCGGAGGGUCGCCUCCAUCGCCCAGAAUGGCAUCCUUCUCCAGCCGCGGCCCGAGCCGCCUCGUCGCGGAGAUCCUCAAGCCGGACGUCACCGCGCCAGGCGUGGACAUCCUCGCCGCCUGGACAGGCGCCGCCUCGCCCUCGCUGCUCGACGGCGACGCGAGACGGGUGCCGUUCAACAUCAUGUCAGGCACCUCGAUAUCGUGCCCGCAGGUGAGCGGCAUCGCCGCGCUGCUCCGGCAGGCCAAGCCCAAGUGGAGCCCGGCCGCGAUCAAGUCCGCCCUGAUGACGACGGCGUACAACGUGGACAACGCCGGCGGCGUCAUCGGCGACAUGUCCACCGGCAAGGCGUCCACGCCGUUCGCGCGCGGGGCCGGACACGUGGACCCCAACCGCGCCGUCGACCCGGGCCUGGUCUACGACGCCGGCACGGAGGACUACGUCACCUUCCUCUGCGCGCUCGGCUACACCGCCGAGCAGCUCGCCGUGUUCGGCUCGUCGGCCAACUGCUCGGCGCGCACGGGCGCCUCGGUGGGGGACCUCAACUACCCGGCCUUCUCGGCGGUGCUCGGCUCGGACAGACGCGCGGUCACGCAGCGCCGGACCGUGCGCAACGUUGGCAGCAACGUCAGGGCGACGUAUACGGCCAAGAUCACCAGCCCGGCCGGCGUGCUCGUGACGGUGAAGCCGCGGAAGCUUGUGUUCAGCGCGACGCAGGAGAAGCAGGACUACGCCAUCACCGUCGCGCAGCUGCCAUCUGCGAACGUCACCGUGAAGCACACCUUCGGGUCGAUCGUGUGGAGCGACGGCAAGCACACCGUCACGAGCCCCAUCGCCAUUACCUGGCCGGCGAGCCAAGUUGCAGACAUGUGAUCCGAUAUGUCUUAUUUGCUCCAAGUUUCAGUUCGCGUUGGCGCCAUGACAAUAUGACAUCGCGUGUUAAACUAUGUAGCGUGGUUUGUACUGGCAUGUAUGAUCACCGCACAAAGCACUAAUGGUCCGAUGCAGGUGUGAUAUACUGAUAUUGAGCGGAGAAGAUGUAACAAAGCUAUGUUAUGGAAGAAACUUCGAACACAUGAA